UCAGGGCCCAGGUAAUUUUUAUCAUGGAUUGUGAAGAAAUUCCAGCGUUUUCAACUUCAGUGGAAGAAGCUGCAUACUGGAAAGAGCUGACUUUAAAAUAUAAACAAAGUUUUCAAGAGGCCCAUGAAGAGCUGGCAGAAUUUCAGGAAGGCAGCAGAGAACUGGAAGCAGAAUUAGAGGCCCAACUGGUACAGGCUGAACAAAGAAACCGAGAUUUACAAGCAGACAACCAAAGAUUAAAACAGGAAGUGGAAACCUUAAAGGAAAAACUUGAACACCAGUAUGCACAAAAUUAUAAGCAAGUGUCUUUAUUGGAAGAUGACUUGAGCCAGACUCGGGCAAUUAAAGACCAAUUGCAUAAAUAUGUAAGAGAGCUAGAACAAGCCAAUGACGAUCUUGAGCGUGCAAAAAGGGCCACAAUUGUUUCUUUGGAAGAUUUUGAACAAAGGCUGAAUCAAGCCAUAGAGAGAAGCUUUUUGGAAAGUGAACUGGAUGACAAGGAAUCUCUGCUAGUUUCUGUGCAAAGACUGAAAGAUGAAGCUAGAGAUUUAAGGCAAGAACUAGCAGUACGAGAAAGACAACAAGAAGUAACUAGGAAAUCUGCUCCUAGUUCCCCAACCCUGGAUUGUGAAAAGAGGGAUUCAGCAGUCCAAGCUUCACUGUCCCUGCCAGCAACACCUGUUGGGAAAGGCUGUGAAAACAGUUUUCCAAACUCUCCAAAAGCACUAUUCCAUGGCUUUGGUACCAGCCCCCUUACUCCAUCUGCCCGAAUAUCAGCUCUCAAUAUUGUAUGUGAUCUUCUACGAAAAGUGGGGGCUUUAGAAUCCAAAUUAGCUGCUUGUAGGAACUUUGCAAAGGACCAGGCUUCACGUAAAUCAUAUGUUGCAGGAAACAUAAAUAGCAGUAUGAUCAACAGCAAUGGCAUGAAGUUCUGUCAUCCAGGACAUACAACAUUUUAUGACAAAGCCCCCUGUAGUGUUCUCCCUGCCCCCAAUUGUCGCUGGAUCCUGAAACAGCCACGUUUGCUUAUGGACCCGACCCAAUCUGCUGCUGCUGCCUUAUGAAUGGCCUAUAGUUGGGUGGUGGGACUGACUGAGGUAAUUUGCUCAUUGCUGUACUGCAGCCUUUGCUGCUAUUGUGUUAUUUGCUUUGAAUUCUCUGUUGGCUUUCUAUAGAGUUACAUGUUAGCUAAUUCAGCAUGAUAAGAUGUAUACUAAGCUGAUGUCAGAGUUACAAGCAGAAUGCACUGUUUGCAUAGGAAGUUAUUUAAGUUGAUGACAGAGCUGUUGAGGCUUGGAACUAAGAAAAUUGAGGAGGAGUUUGAAGUGCAUGUUUGAAUUAAUGAAUGGUAGCUGAGACACAAUGAACUUGUUUUUUAGACCUUGUUGUGGAAAAAAAAGUAAAAUUGGGUGUUUUCUUUGGUCUUAACCCAAGGCAGAAUUGUUAUCUUCUAUUAGCUUGGCAUUAAUGCACCAUUUUUAAUAUUCUAAACAAUUAUCUUGAUGAAUUAACAGAAUUCAUCUCCACAGAAUUAACUAGGGAUAUAUAAAUGUACAUAGAAUCAGGCAACAACAGCUUACCCUGAAUGGCACAACCAACUAGUUGGCAUUGUUUACAGGAACCUCGGCAUAGUGUAUGCAAGAUGGUGUGGAGAAUAAGAGUGUUAAGAUUCUGUGGGACUUCCAGAUCCAGACAGAUGGGCAGGUACUAGUCAACCAGACAUUGUGGUAAUAGACAAAGUAUUAAUAGGAAGCAGAAGAUAAUAGUGGUGAUAGAUGUAGUGGUGCUAACUGUGACAGCAACAUCAGAAAGAAGGAAAAUGAGAAGCUGGAGAAGUACCAUGCUCAAACACAUCCCAGGAACAAUGUCAGAGCUCUCUGUCUCAAAAUAAAGGCAGACAUACAUGAUAAAUAUGCUUGAAUCUGGACAACAUGUUAGAAUCUAACAAUCCUGUG